UUCGCCCACGUGGUCAGCUUCGGGGUCGCGGCGUCGUGAGUGGGUCGGGCGGGAAGUUCCUCGCUCCCGAAGCGCGCAGGACUGAAGAUUCCUGGGGAAACCUGCCCCCCAUGACUGGAAAGGAGGAGCUACCAGCCCUGGCUGCACAGCAACAGGACAGGAAGGUCCGAGGUGGCUGGGUCUGGGAGGAGACGCAACAUCCGCCCAAGAGACUCAAGGGCAAUGGGGAUGAGGAGCCCCAACGGAAGCUGCCCAAGCGCAAAAUUGUGCUGCUCAUGGCCUACUCUGGCAAGGGUUACCACGGUAUGCAGGGUGUAUCUGCAGCUGGCCAGGUAGUAUCCUUGAAGGUGUGGCUGAUUGAUGACAUUCUGGAUAAGAUCAAUAGCCACCUUCCUUCCCACAUUCGGAUUCUGGGACUGAAGAGAGUCACAGGCGGGUUCAACUCCAAGAACAAGUGUGAUGCCAGGACCUACUGCUAUAUGCUGCCCACUUUUGCUUUUGCUCACAAGGACCGGGAUGUGCAGGAUGAGAGCUAUCGCUUGAGCACAGAGACCCUGCAGCAAGUUAAUCGGCUCCUGGCCUGCUACAAAGGCACCCACAACUUCCACAACUUCACCUCCCAGAAAGGACCAAGGGAGCCCAGUGCACGGCGCUAUAUCCUGGAGAUGUAUUGUGAAGAACCCUUUGUGCGUGAAGGCUUAGAGUUUGCUGUGAUCAAGGUGAAAGGCCAGAGCUUCAUGAUGCACCAGAUCCGGAAGAUGGUUGGCCUGGUGGUGGCCAUUGUGAAAGGCUAUGCCCCUGAGAGUGUGCUGGAGCGCAGCUGGGGGGAGGAGAAGGUGGAUGUUCCUAAGGCACCAGGGCUGGGCCUGGUCUUGGAGAGGGUACACUUUGAGAAGUAUAACCAGCGCUUUGGCAGUGAUGGGCUGCACGAGCCCCUGGACUGGGCGCAGGAGGAAGGGAAGGUGGCUGCUUUCAAAGAACAGUACAUUUAUCCUACCAUUGUCAGCACUGAGCGGGAUGAGCGAUCCAUGGCCCAGUGGCUGAACACUCUACCCAUCCAUGACUUCAGUGCUACUGCGCUUGCGGCGGCUGGCACAGAUGCCAAGGUCCCCAGUUCUCUGGAGAGCAGUGAAGGGGAUGGGGACACUGACUGAAUUCACAGAUGCUGCCACUGCUGUGAAGCUGGAGUCUCAGCACCUGCCUGUCACCGGGAUGUAGGAGCCAAGAAUUUGGGGACCAGCCUGUGGGUGUGGCCUGGCUUUGUAACCUCAGGAUCUUAAAAUCUUCACCCCAGGAAUCCACUGCCUAUUUUAGUCCAUGUGCUGUGUGUGUAUACCUCAGCAUGAAAGGGCACUUUUUUAAAAAAAGAAAUGUUUUUUUCCUAUUAAAUAAAUAGUUUUGCUUAGUGAAUUUUUUUUCCAUUUUUUUCAGUUGAGAGAUAAGUGGGACACUGCCAUGCAUGUUUGGGAUAGCUGAAUAUCAGCCAGGGGUCGGGGGGCAGGGCAGGGCACAGACAGGGGAUCAGUACAGGGGUGUGGUUGACAAGGCAGGCAGCAGACAGGAGGAUGUGGGUGUGGUGGUGUGUGCUGCCACUAGUUGCAUGCUCCUCAUUGCUACUGGUUACUGCUCCAUCCUAGCUGGCUCUUGGAGACAUGGUCCAGACCUUCACUUCACCUGUCUCUUUGAAGUGACUGCCUUGGUAAUGUGAGCUCUGGGUUGUGGUUUCAUGCUGCCUACUCUUUGGCUAGGGGCAGAUCCUGACUGGGGCUGUGCUUCCCUCAGCAGCCCCCAUUUCCCUGCACGGGUGUUCUUUUGAGUCUCCCAUCUCACUUUGUCUCUCAGUAGGUGAUGGCGUACCUGAGCAGCAGAGCCCUGAAAUGGAAUGUUGAGUCUUCUGCUUUCUGUCCCCAGGGUACAUUCAUUCCAUCCUGUCCCCCAUGCCAACACCAAUUCUGAAGCCCAGCCUCCACUUGCCAGCACAGAACCUGGGCUUGGAUCUUUGCCCUCUUCACUACAUCCUACUGCCCCCACGCCAGCAUUAGACUUGGAAUACCCUCCCUUCAGCCCAGUGUAACCCUCCCAGAACUCCUUUCACCUUUUAUGGGCAAGGUUUUCUCCUUUAAGCUUCUACUGCUUUCAGUGUCACAGGACUCUUUUGCUUGUGUUGAUUACUGUACCUCAUAGCUUGCAUUUUAUUUUCUGUUUUUUUUAAUUAAAAAUUUUUAUUUUUA